AACUGAUCGGCGUCGAGCAACUGUCACUGUCUUUUCCACGUAUUUUGUUCUUGCCUCUAUACCAUUCUCCAGUCCGUGAAGCACACGAGUCAUGGACAAGACGCAGGAAGAGCUACUUCGGCGGCCACUGUAUCUGUUUGCGCUCCCCCCCGAAAUUCUUGAAUCGCUAUCGCUCAAGGAGGAGGAGGGGCUAGCUUCGCAGCUCCAGGAUGGCGGACUCGAUGAUACACCUUCUCGGGGACAAAGCCCAGCACCUGGCUCUUCAGACAAUCUUCUCGGAGCCCAAACAUGCUCCCUCUGCGGCUUGUCCUUUGUCACGGUUCAGGAGCAGAGGGACCAUCUCAAAACCGACCUCCACCACUAUAACCUCAAGCAGAAGCUACAUGGCCUCAGACCCGUCUCUGAAGCCGAGUUCGAGAAACUAGUGGACGAAUUGGACGAAAGCAUCUCGGGCUCUGACACACCGGAUAGCGAUGAUGAAGAGGACGAUGCGCGCAAGGAAACCACCUUGUCCGCGCUGCUUAAGAAGCAAGCUUCGCUAGCUGACAAGCUCAGCUCGAGCACAACGGAAGAGGUGGAGGAACCAAAGAAGACGAGGAGAGGGACCGGGAAACCACCGUUAAUUUGGUUCAGUUCCCCUAAACUGCCAGAUAAUACCUAUUUUGGGAUAUACAGGGCGUUGUUUUCGACAGAGGAGUUGGGCAAGGAAGAGGCCAUUGUCGAUGCAAUCAGACAAAGACAGUUACCGCCGAUAUCGAUGCCCAAACCCGCUAAAGACGGUAAUGCAGCACCACCUCCCUACAAUGGCAGACAUAUAUUUCUUUGCAUGAUUGGCGGUGGUCAUUUCGCCGCCAUGGUGGUCUCCCUGGCUCCGAAGCAGAGUAAGCAUGGCUCUACUGGACCGCUCAACAGGGAGGCGGUCGUCCUGGCGCACAAAACCUUCCAUCGGUACACAACGCGGCGGAAGCAGGGCGGCUCACAAUCUGCCAACGAUAAUGCCAAAGGAACGGCUCAUUCUGCUGGCUCCUCGCUCCGUCGCUACAACGAGCAGGCCCUUGUUGAGGAUGUCCGGGGCCUCCUCAAAGACUGGAAAGCGUUGAUUGACACCAGCGAUCUGCUGUUCAUUCGGGCGACAGGCACGACAAAUAGACGGACCUUAUUCGGGCCUUACGACGACCAAGUCCUACGCCCCAACGACCCCCGCAUCAGGGGCUUCCCCUUCAGCACGCGCAGAGCGACCCAAAAUGAGCUGAUGCGUUCCUUCAUUGAGUUGACACGUCUCAAGGUCAAGGAGAUACAGCCCUCGGCCGAACUCCCCGUGCCCGACGAGGCAGCCAAACCGGUUAAACCCAAGGCCGAGCCGAAACCCUCAGCACCUAAGCUCAGCGAGGAGGAAGAAGCCGCGCUUCUGCAUACCACACAAAUCCAAGCCCUUAUCCGCCGCUCCAAACUACCUGCCCUCCUCUCCUACCUAUCGACCAACAAGCUAGACGCCAACUUCCGCUUCCACCCACCCGACACGCAACAGAACCAUCACGCGCCGACCCCGCUGCACCUAGCAGCCUCGCAGAACGCGGCCCCGCUCGUUGUGGGCCUGCUCGCGCGCGGCGGCGCCGAUCCGACAGUCCUCAACGGCGAAGGCAAGACUCCCUUCGACCUGGCCGGCGACCGCGCCACGCGGGACGCCUUUCGCGUCGCGCGCGCUGAGCUGGGCGAGGCCGCAUGGGACUGGGCUGCCGCGCGGGUGCCAGCCCCGCUGAAGCGUGAGGAGGCGGAGCGGCGGGCUGAGAGGGAGAGGAAGGAAAGGGAGAGCAAAGAGGAGCAGAGACGCAAGGCCGAGGAGGAGAGGCUGCGUGCUGAGGGACCUAGGGUUCCUGAUGGUAGUGGUGGUGGAAGUGGGAAGAAGGGUGGAAGAAUCUUGAGUGCGGGACUGCCCAAGACCCCUGAAGAACGACGGCAGGAGGAGAUGAGAGGCUUGUCUGAUGAGCAGAGGAUCCGGCUGGAACGAGAGAGGCGGGCGAGGGCGGCGGAGGCGAGGAUUAGAGCUUUACAGGGGAGCUGAAUAUAAACCGAAUUUAUGCUACGAAAGUGGCAUAUUCCAUUGC